ACCUUAUCUUAUCGGUGCUACUUGUCGUCAUACCUAGGUAAUCCAUCUUUGACGGUCCGCAAAGCUCUCGGGUUCCCUCUGACCAACCUGAUUCUGCCGUAUCAAUGGAUCGGUGAUCAAUUGAAUCAUUUCUUUGCGUUCCGCUGACAUGGGACAUCUGCGCUUCAGAAAACUACAGGAGGGCGCUUAAUUUUUCUGGGCACCAAUACAUGGUCACAUACGAUGCGGAGACGGACCUUAAGGCGGUGUAUCGACAAUGCCCCCGGAAGUCGACGCCGAAGACAACAAUUGCGGCGCGCACGAGGUAACAUCGUCGCCAACGCCUCCGCCUCUCCCACCCCGUCGGAGACAGCCAAGCGAGGGUCCUGUCCAGGUAGCCCCUUCUCAGUCGAAGCCCACCACAGCCCUCUCCUCCAUCGACAUCUCGACUCUAUCUUUCCCAGACGGUUCUCGCGGCACCUUCUCCACGAGCGCAACUCGCGCCGUUUCCACCCCGAAUGCCAGCGGAUAUGUUACUCCCAGUCGAGAUGCGGCGGCAGGCAGCGACCUUGCCGAUUCUAUGAGCGUCAUGAGUUUCGCGCCGACAAUGCGACCUCAUGGUGACCUCGCCAGCCUAGUAGCCGGCGGACUCAACAGGAAGAGCCGGGCCUGGAACUUGUUGAGGUCGCAGACAGAGACUGUUCCGCCGUUUGAACGUAUUGAACUCGGCGCCGCUGGUGGCCUAGACGGGUUUGAACGAGAGUUCGACGCGAUCCCAGACAACGCAACCGACGACGUCAGGCUGGCCAUUUUCAAAUCGAAGAUGAAGCACUACAUGAUCCUGUCAUCUGCGGGAAAACCCAUAUACAGCCGGCACGGCGAUUUAAGUCUCAUCAACUCGUACAUGGGCGUGGUACAAACGAUCAUAUCGUUCUAUGAAGGGGCUGACAACCCUUUACUGGGUUUCACAGCUGGCAACGCACGAUUCGUCGUUUUCAUUGAAGGGCCCCUCUACUUCGUAGCCAUCAGCAGGCUAGGCGAAAGCGAUUCCCAGCUCAGAAGUCAGCUAGAAGCCUUGUACAUGCAGAUACUGUCCACCCUGACACUUCCCACGCUUCAGAAGAUAUUCGUUCACCGCCCGUCCACCGACCUGAGAAAACCCCUGGAGGGGACCGAGUCGCUGCUGUCUUCUUUGGCUGAUGGCUUCACCAAGGGUUCCCCUUCGACGCUUCUUGGGGCGCUUGAAUGCCUGAGGAUGAGAAAAUCGCAGCGCCACGCAAUCAAUAACGUCUUCCUCAAGAUCCGCAGCGAGAAGCUACUCUACGGACUCAUCGUGGCCGGAGGCAGACUGGUCAGCGUUAUCCGGCCGCGGAAACACUCAUUGCACCCAAGCGAUCUCCAAAUCAUCUUCAACAUGCUCUUUGAAUCAGGUGGCAUCAAGGCCGGAGGCGGGGAAAGCUGGAUUCCCCUCUGUCUCCCGGCCUUCAACAAUCGCGGGUACCUUUACAUGUACGUGAGCUUCUUUGACGAAAGACCAGACACAACUUUUCCGUCCGAGUCGUCGCAAGAGCCCGGUGCAUCAGACAACGAUAACAACGGGUACGACGGCGACGACAGCAAGGAGGAAGACGAAAUCGCCCUGAUUCUCAUCUCCCCGGACAAAGAAUCGUUCUACGACCUCAAAGAAAUGCGCGACAAGUUCGCUGCCCAGCUCACGAAAACCGGUUACCUCUCCCUCAUCCGCUCCGUCGCCGCCGAAGGGCGUCCCAAGAUCCAAGCCAUCGCCCCGGGCACCCAGAUUUCCCAUUUUCUCUACAAGUCGCGCGCAAACGUGCAGUUUUGCAUGUCCUCCUUACUCGAACCCCACACAGCGCCAUCAUCAUCAACAGCAACAGCGGCGGCGGCCUCGGACACCGCCGACAAGAUGCUCGCCCGUCGGCGGCUGAUGACGCUGUACCAUGAGCUGCACGCCGCCAUGCACGCCAAGCACGCGCAUCUGAAAGUCCUGCAUGCCGUGCGCGAGGACGCGGCGAGUCUGGCGUGGAUCACGCCCGUCUUUGAGUUCUACUGCAUCGCGGGGCCUAAUGUCUCGCGCGCCGCUAUGGCGCAGGGAGCGAAUCGGGUGAUUCAAUGGGCCAAGAGGGAGGAGGAGCGGUUGUUUAUUAUUGGCGGUGGGGUGUUUUAGCGGACGUGUGUUAGUGAGAGAGGUAGUUGGUGGUGAUCCUUGGAUAGAUGCUGAGUCACUUGUCUGCUCUGGCCAUGCACAGCCUGUCUGAUAUACCUACCUGGCUUUUGUUGGAGCAGACCUUCGGUUCAUGCUCUCGUCAUUAAAAUAUACCCUUUGUAUUAACUAUCUUGCUAUGUUAACAGAGAGAAUGACGAGAGCAAAUG